AUGAAGGGGGUGGUGGUUACAGAGGUCGGGCUUUGCCUGUUGCUCCUCUGGUGCGGCGCCUCCAGGGGGCGCGUAGGGCUACGUAUCUUCUUGAGCAGCUGGGCUAUCCGCGUCCCCGGAGGCGUGCUGGAAGUACAGCGCUUGGCACGCAAGCAUGGGCUGCUCUACCUGGGCCAGGUGAUCGAAGGGGGAAAUUAUUACCACCUUGAACACAGAGGUGUAAAACAACAGUCUUUAAAUCCACACUGGGGUUGGCAUGUACGUCUGAAAAAAGAACCUAAGGUCCAUUGGUUUGAGCAGCAGAUUCUGAAGAGACGGUCACGGAGGACUAUUGCAGUGGUGCCCACUGACCCGUGGUUCCAGGAACAGUGGUAUAUGAAUAACGAUGUGACUCCAGACCUCAAUGUCCUGGCAGCCUGGAGCAGAGGCUACACCGGAUUAGGGGUGGUGGUGAGCAUUCUGGAUGACGGUAUUGAGAAAGACCAUCCCGAUCUGGUAGACAAUUAUGAUCCCCUGGCAAGUUACGAUUUUAACGACAAUGAUCCGGACCCUCAGCCGCACUACAAUGCUUGGAAUGAGAAUCGGCAUGGAACUCGCUGUGCUGGAGAGGUGGCUGCCGCCGCCAACAAUGGCAUUUGUGGAGCUGGCAUUGCACAUAGAGCUAACAUUGGGGGCAUAAGGAUGCUGGAUGGGCCUGUGACGGAUAUCGUGGAAGCUCAGUCCUUGAGUUUCCAUCCCCAGCACAUCAGCAUAUACAGUGCCAGCUGGGGCCCAGAGGAUGAUGGGAAAACGGUGGAUGGCCCAGGGAUUCUGGCCCUUGAAGCCUUCUACAAUGGGAUCAUCAAUGGCCGUGGCGGUCUGGGCUCGCUCUUUGUCUGGGCCUCCGGCAAUGGCGGCUACCGCUAUGACAACUGCAACUGUGAUGGUUACACAAACAGCAUCUAUACCUUGUCAGUGGGCAGCACGACUGAGAGUGGUCAUAUUCCCUGGUACAACGAGGCCUGCGCUUCCACGCUCACCACCACCUAUAGCAGCGGGGCAAAGGGGGAAAAGCAGAUUGUGACAACCGAUUUGCGGCACAAAUGCACCAGUGAGCACACAGGCACCUCUGCCUCUGCCCCUCUCGCAGCCGGCAUGAUUGCUCUCGCUUUGGAGGCCAACCCAGGACUGACCUGGCGAGACAUGCAGCACCUGGUGGUGAGAGCUUCCAAGCCAGCCCACCUGCAGGCAGGCGACUGGGCUGUGAAUGGAGUGGGACGCAAAGUGAGUCACUAUUACGGAUAUGGGCUCUUAGAUGCUGGAGAGCUGGUGGAUCUAGCCAGGAAGUGGACGCCGACUCGGCCCCAGCAAAACUGUUCCGUCAACGUUAUCUACAAGCCGCUGGCAUUUAGCUCAAGGCUUUCCAUCUCUGCAAAUGCCUCUACCUGCCACGGGAAAAAAUCUGCCAUCCUUUCUCUGGAGCACGUUCAGGUCCAGCUUUCGCUCAGCUACAGCCGGAGAGGAGAUUUAACCAUCUUACUGACUAGUCCGAUGGGGACCAAAUCCACCCUCGUGGCUGUCAGGCCUUAUGACACUAGUAGUGAUGGGUAUGAUGACUGGUCUUUUAUGUCCACACACUAUUGGGAUGAAGACCCACGUGGCACCUGGACCCUUUUGCUGGAGAACAAGGGAGAUGCAUACAACUCAGGCUUCCUCACUAAGUUUGUAUUGAAACUAUAUGGGACAGAUGAGGAUAUGUCAGCGAGAAGGGCGGCUGCUGUGGUAGUGAGCGAGUGUGUGAGGCGAGAUGUUAAUGGGACGUGCCAAGAGUGCACCAGCCCAUUCUACACGUUCCAGCACCUGUGCCUCACCUACUGUCCACCCAGGUAUUACAACCACACUCAUCAUUCACUUGAUUCCAGUGGUACUGUCCGUACCGUCCGGGUAUGUGCGGCCUGCCACUUCUCAUGCUACACGUGCCAAGGAGGGAUGGCCAAUAACUGUACUGCCUGCCCGCCCUUCAGUGCCUAUGAUAAACUGACUCACACCUGUUCCCAGCCAUUCUUUUCCUACCUGCCCCAUGGUGGAAACCUCAUCCUGGGACCCCAGCGCCUUCUGCUCCUGAUUGCGGUGAUUCUACUGUGUGUGGGUCCUAUUCUAAUUGGCAUCCCCUGGUUGGUGUACCGCUGGCUGUCCCGUGGGGGCCUAUGGCAGAAAAAGCCAGACCCUGCUCCUGAAUCCCAGGCUGCUAGCUUGGAAUUGAUCCGCUGCAACUACAUUGGCUCAGAGGAACAGCCAAAGGAAUUGGGACAGAGGCUUCUCCCAUGA